AUGCCUUCCUUUUCUUUCGAAGCUUUUCUCCGCUACGUCCCAAGGUACAAAAUCACUGCGUUUGCUGCUGUACCACCUGUAGUCGUGCUUCUCGCGAAACAUCCCGAUGUGCGUAAGACGGACUUUAGCUCGGUUCGCUCAAUCCUAUCUGGGGCUGCUCCCCUUGGAAAGGAGACGCAAAUGCAGGCCGAAGCUGCAAUGAAUACGUACAAGAAGGGACACGUACAUAUAUCUCAGGGAUGGGGUAUGAGCGAAGGCGUGUGUUUUAAUACCAACUUCAUGCUCCAUGAGCGUGAUCCGGACGUUUCGGGGGUUGGAUACCUCACUUCUGGAUUGUGCGCGCGCAUCGUGCCUGCAGAUGGGUCGGACUAUUCUAAGUCACUUGGGUUUAAUCAGGAAGGGGAGGUAUUGUUGAGGGGCCCGCAAAUCUUCUCCGGCUAUUGGCAGAAGGAGAAGGAGACUCGUGAGGCGUUUACAGAAGACGGUUGGUUCAAGACAGGCGACAUUGGUGUUUUCAAAAGGGAUGGAAUAAUGCACAUUGUGGACAGGAAGAAAGAACUGAUAAAAGUAAAGGCAUUCCAAGUCGCACCCGCAGAGCUUGAGGAUUUGCUCCUCAAAAGUCCAGACGUAGAGGACGCCGCAGUCAUCGGUAUACCAGGAGAAGGGACUGAGUAUCCUCGUGCAUACAUUGUUCCCUCACUUCUGCGCCGGUCCACCAGUCCGGAAGCACUCCAAGCCCUUGCAAACGACAUUUUGAGAUUCUCAGCGACACAUUCUGCCAGCUACAAGCAUCUAACGGGCGGUAUCGUCUUCGUCGACAGUAUACCGAAGAAUCCGAGUGGGAAAAUCCUGCGGCUCCAGCUACGGAACAGGGUCAGAGCGAAAGAUUGUAACGAUAAAGUUUGGUUAUCGGACGAGAGAGGGACAACAAGAGCGAGACUGUAGGGAUCCUAGAGUGCAUAAAUAGAGUGUUUAUAGUUAUCAGAUUCUAGAAUGUGCGUUCGUAAAUCAAUCGUCAAAGUGUAUAUACG